AUGAGGCACACGCGCGACAGGACGCCCCACGUCUUGGAAAACCAACCAAGUUUUUUGAGCAAGUUGAAGAAUACUCACCCGCAGACUGCGCCGCCGGCAGGGGAGCAAGAAGACCUACGAACUGCCCACGUGGCUCUAGCUGGAAGCAGCGCUCGCGAGGACUCCCGCAUCUCUGGUGACACUAGAGAACUGGAAACCGUCGUCGCCGCAGGUCCUCGGGUUCAGUUGAAACAGGAUCGCCAGGAGCCUAGGGUAGGGGGCAGCGAGGCGACUCUUACAAGUCUCGAGACUUGCAACAUAUGCGCUACCGGGAGUGAGCAGAGAGUUCCGGAUAUCCUGUCUUCGUCGUCCUCUCCUGUCGUGCCCAGAGAAGCGGACGUGCGCCUCGCAGUUUGCGAUGCAGGCGCCGGCACUGCUCUGCGUUCUUCCAGUCCCUCUCUCUCCACUUCGAGGUAUUGGUCCUGUUCUGAAAGCCACGAAGGCGAAGCUCGGCCGCCUGCUGUGGACUCUCGCUCUGCAACCAGCAUCCGAUCGGAUUCCCGCGAGAGCUACGGAACGAGUCAGGGAGGCAGGAACACCGGUGAGUCACCGGAUUCUACUGCGACUUCGGCUCUCUCAUCCAGAUCCGCGACCCUUGACUCGGGAGUGCGGCAAGGUGGACUCAAAAGCGAACCAGACGGAGAAGACGCCCACGCGCGUUCUUUCGCCUCCCCCGUUCCGCAAAAAUUGACUAGGGGCCGUGCCUCUGGGGUUCAAAGCAGCUCCUCGGAGACGACAGACACCGCGCGUGCCUCUGAAGGUCACGCAGAACAUCGGGAAGGGGGAUACCCGCCAAGGGCCGCCUCGCCCUUCGCUUGGCCUGCUGCGGUUCGUUCCCUGCACGUGCCGCCGAAGGCCGCGGUGGACGAGACUGCGGGUGACCGCCAAGAGGUCUCUGGCUUCCCUGCGUCCAAAAAAGAGGCAGAGACGUGCGUGCGCCUUCGGGAGGGCCUCACUAAGGAGGACGAAACGCGCCAACACGGGGAAGUGUCGACAGCGGCUUCUGGAAGGAGCCGAGGAAGCGGGGACGAGGACGCGUUCCCCACAGAGGCAGGUCUCUCGCUCGCGUUGUCGCCAAGACGCCUCAAGAAUAGCGAGCGUCAAGAGACUCCUAAAGGCGGAAACCGAAAGCCCAGCGAGAGCGAACAGGAGCAGUUAGAGAAGCUCCGCCAGCUCGCUCUGGAUCUCCUCUUCGCAGUUUCGUUUCUGCGGCCGUUCGGUCGGGCCUCGCCCGCGUCGCCCUCUGUCAAGCGACAACCGAGUCAUCUCACGAAGCCACGUGUAGCACCCCUGCCGUCUGAUUCAGCGUCUCCCUCUCCCUCUUCCUCCGUCCGUUCGCCGCGGGCCUUCGAUUCCCCCCCUCCUGCUUCGCUUUCUGCAUCGAGUUUGUCUCCAGAGAAGAACGCGAACAAAGCCGGGGGAGUGCGGAGCGAGCGCGCUCAGCGGAAGGAAGUUCAUCUGGCACUGCCACUCCGACAGGCAUACCCGCAGUACACGUUCCACAUCGAGCUAGUGAAGAGCGCGACCAGCCUGAAGGAUCUCACGCAGUUUCUGCGUGUUUGCUUUGGACCGCUUCUCGACCGUCUUCAUCUUCACGUGGAGGACAGUAGGGCAGCGGCGGCAGCUGGCCUUCGCCGACGCGAGAAGGCCCCGAACCGUGCUCCGCCCGAGAAUCGCGAGGGAGGUAUCGACGACGCAGGAAGGAAAGCAAAACACGACCAGCAGGCGCAACAAGAGGAUACGCCGCUGGCGGGCGUCGCCGCGACAGAGGCUGCGGAAUCGCUUGUUGCACAGGGGCAAGCUGAUUCAUCUGAAAAGCCGCUGAGCGCUGGAGAGGCAGGGGUGGCAGUGCCUGGUCAGCUCGCCAGCUUGCUAACGGACAAACUUCGAGGUAUCGGGGCGAUUCUACAAAUCCUGACAGACUCCAAGUCUGCGUCUGCAGCGUCCGACGCCCUGGACGCGGUCUGUGACGCUUUAGCAAAGCCAGUCAAACGCCGAGGCGGCGUUCUGCUUCGCGCGGCCGCGGCCGGCUCGUUGGCAGACGUGUACCCGAGGGCGGCUCUCGCCUCUACGCGUGAGGAGCCUGUGUGCACGAUGAGGCUCGGAGGCGCAAAGAUGAGCCUCGGCAGCGAGGAGGGCGGACGCGAUGGAGGAGAUGCGGAGCACGCAGGACAGCGAGGCAGCCGCGCCCUCUCGCCCAACGCCGGAGACGAGGAGCCCUGCGAGGACGGGGCGGAGAAGAGUCAAGAACGACGGAUGCAGCAGGCACCCAACGCAGAGUGGGGAACCGGACCGGACGCCUGGGAAGGUGAGGCCGAAGACAAACUCGCUGACUUGCCUGAGCUCAUUUCAGUGCCGCUGUGGGCUGUGCGCGCGCCGGCGGAGAGGGAGAGCGCAUCAGAGAGAGCCAAAGGUGGCGGCGUGGAGCCGUCGAUGCAGGGCGACGAAGACGCCUUGAAGCGGAGGGAGACCGGUGCAGAGCCACGGGUGUCUCAGUCGCCCUGCGAUGCGACGCCCAGCAGUGCGACGACCUCUUCGAUUCCUCCGCCAGCGACCGACGGGGCGGUGUUGACCAACGCGGAGCAGGGAGACGAGCGAGGAGAGGUAGAAGAGAGCGAGCAGCCGCGUGCGAGAGGAGAGGCUGCACCUGAGGAGGCGGAGGCGCCCUCCGCCUCCUCAGACCUUCCUGAGCAUCUCCAGUGGAUCGCCACGCAGUUGGCGACGCCGCUGGAGAACCUGAGGGGCGCCGAGGAGGAGGAAAAACUGCUGAGGGAGCAGAUUGCUUCCUACGCGUUUUUCGCCUCUUCUCAACGCCCCGCCAGCGGCCAAAUGGAGGCGCCGAGACGAGGAGGAAGCGGAGACGACGAACCAAGGAGCGAAGGAGACUGGGCGUCGCGUUUUCUCGCCAGCCUCCGGACGCACACCGGCCGACAGAAACGCGAUCGCAGUGGCGCGCAGGGGGAUGACGUGGGCGGCAGUGAGAGAGGGAGGGGAUUCGGAGAAGACGACCGCGCUCGGCGGCGGUGGGAGAGUCUGGCGGGAGAGCUCAUCAACAUUCUGGAGACUGAGAAGGAUCAGAAGCAUUUUCGUCUCUGCGAGCAGGACCAACAGGAGCACCUGCUUUUUCUUCUCCGCCGACUGCAGGAACAGCAGGAAAAGGAAGCAGAAGAGAGUCUAAGUGCGUCGGCAGCCCCCCACGAAAAGUUUGAGGUAUCAGAGCGGUAUUCAGGCUUGUUCUCCACGAUUCCUGAGUCUUUCUACGAAAGUCUGCCGUCGACUGAGCCGCCGACGGGGGACAUGCUGUCUUCGUUCCCUUCCUCUUAUACCUCUCGUUUUUCGUCAAAGCGGGCGUCGUUCUCCUCCUUCGCGUCGUCGGUGUCGUCGUCUGCAUCCGGCGGCCUCUCGAGCGGCGUGUGCACCACGACCGCCUCCCUCCAGACUUCAUCCUCUUCGUCCUCUCAGUGCACAUCCGCCAACGCGUACUCUCCCGUCUCUUCGACGCCGACGUCUCCGCUGUCGUCAUCUGUCGUUUCUCCGCCGCCAAGCGUCUUGCAGCCGCUCCUGCCUUCCGCGGGCACGCUGCUGUCCUCUGCGCUGCUGCCGCCGUCUUCGUCUGCCUCCGCAGCGCCGGGGCCUGGGAGUCUAGAGCUCGGAAGCGCGCGCGCCCUCAGCACUAGCCAUGGAGGGGCAGCAGACAAUCUCGCGUCUGCGAAGGGCGCAGAGGCUGCCCGCUGGAAGUCGCGAAGUUCCCGCCUGGAUGCCGACGGCGACCUGCGUCUUCACAGCCUCGUCGCGGGAUCGUCGCCCGCGGGCAUCGCCGGCGCCUCUUCCUCGACUUCUGCGGCCUGCGACCCGCGUAGCGGCGCAGAGGGCGGGGAGCAGCGGCGGGUCGACUUUGCAGGACGAGGCGUCGCGAGUUCUUCUGCGGCGUCUCUUCAGGGAGAAGAGGGCCUCGCUGCCUCCCUGGCUUCACCUGGAACGCUCUUUCCUACAGCGAUUCAGGAGUUCUUGAGGAUUCAGAAAGAAGAACUUAGCGAACGCGAAAGACGAGGCACUGAAAAGGACCAGAGGUCGAGGGAGGCCUACGGGACGGCGAGGCCUCACGAAGUUGGCGGCCCGCCGUACGCAUUUUCUUCCGCGGGCGCCGUGUACCCCAGGGCUGCCUACCAGGCGUCGGCAGAACCCGCCGUCGGCGCGGCGUUCAAUCCGCCGAGCGACCCUGCUUCGUCUUCCUCCGGAUCUUCGUUUGCGCGUCUGGCAGGUCGUGAGGCGCGAGGGACGGGCGAGCAGAUGGACGAACGCGCAGGGACGCCUCGGAGACUGAGCGGCCGCGACCAGUUCGCAGACGUUUCGCUGUCGGCUUCGCCCUCGUUCUCGGCGUUUCUCUCCACAGUUCUCUCUCUGGCGCAGGAAGAAAGCGCGCGGCGGCGCGCGAAUGAGAGGGGCGGAGACGGCGAGGUGGUGGCGAGAGAACCGCGACACGACCGUAGGGCGGAGGGCGGCGGCGAGAGACGACAGGAGUGGAGCAGUCGCGCGAGAAGCAUGACAGGAGACAUAGAUCCGUGGGAAGACGAGACAACGAGGAGGCGAUCUGCCAACGGGAACGGGAAAGAAGCUGAGGAGGGCCUCCUCUUCCGACGUCUCGCGCUGCACCUUGUUCGGCUCGCCAAAAGGGAAGAAGAGGAACGAAGGAGUCGCGCAGCGUACGCGGCAGAUGCCUGCUCGCAGGCGCUGUUGGAAGGCGAUCGUCGUCUGUCUGCGUCGUCCGCCUCCGCCUUCUCUGGUCUCGAUGCGCCUCCGCACCGUCGUCUCGUCCCUGCGUCGUUCGAGCUGCGCCACGAGGACCAUCGCAGAGUCACGCCUUCCCUGUCGUCGUCGUUGUUUGACUCCUCCACGAGUCUGUCCGCAGGCGGGCGGGGGGCUGAGGCGCCGAACCCCAGCUUGUGCACGCCUGCGGCGUCUUCGUCGACGCUGAAAGAGUCUGCGACUUCGCGCAGCAGCGCGCCGGGCUUCGGAGGCUUGUCCCCGUUUGUUGUGCCGACAGGCGCGGGCGUAUCUCCGCUGGUGGGGUGUCGGGGUCUGGGCGGCAGCGACUGCCGCUGCGGAGGCCCGGAGGCUGGGUGCGUGUACCGGAGCGGCGUCAGCGGCGUGGUUUACGACAAGAGCGGUCAGAAGUGGACAGCGCGCUGGAACGAAGACGGCAAACAACACAAACGCACCUUCGCCGCAGCCAAAUACGGCUUCCUGAACGCGAAAAUGCGCGCAGAAGCUUGCCGCGGCGAGGCCCGACAGCGCGCCGCGGCGCGCGCUCUCCAGGCGGCGGAGCGCAACCAACAGAGGCGGAGCGACGCGAGUCGAGGGUCUCGAGGGGGGGCGGCCGCCGCCGAUCGGGAGAGAGACCGACUCUCGCUCGGCGCGGGGCCGCCUGAGCGGAGCGGAAGCCCGCUUGAACUCUCGCGCGGCUCAGGGACAGAAGAGGAGCGAGAAGGCCCCGAGGCGGCCGCGACCGCCCACCACCGUGCGAGAGGCGGAAGCCUUAGCGGAGAAGACCUCGGCGCUGCGUUCGCUCUCACCGGAUUUGCAAAGGUGGAAGGCGAGAGCGAGUUCGAAAGGAAAAACGCGCCGAGAGGAUCCGAGGCGCGCGCAGAGACCUCACAUGCAGCGCUUCAGGGGGCAGCUGCGCCGAGCGUCGGCGGGCCUGUCAAGAGCGAAGAAGACGCGCCGACGGGCGCGUCCGGCGCUAGAGAGCCAGGCAACGCGCCCAAGGAGGGAGCGGAGACGCCCGAACGCGGGAACCAUGCAGUGGAAGAGGGGGCGAAAGUGGGGCUGGAGCAGCCUGAGUGCCUAGCAGAGGCGCCUGAGCAGAACAAAGCCAAGAAGGAGGAGGAGCCUGCCUGCCAGCAGGCGGAGGGAAGGGGCGAAAAACGGCGGAGAGAGGCGGAAGUGCCAUACACUGGAGACGGGGGCGAUGAUGUUCUGAGAGCCAAGCGACGAGCGGGAACACACGUUGACGACGGCGACUGGACUGCCGCAGAAGCACAAGACGAGGAAGAGGACGCCUGA